UAUUUUCUUUCUAAUUCAUUUCCAACAGUGAAGAGAGAGAGAGAGAGUGAGAGAGCGAGAGAGAGAAAGCGCACAGGCGCAUGUAUCUUCUCCACAGUCGCUAACUUCUUCAAAUUCUCAAUCCGACCCCGAAUACCGAAAAAAACUUUGCAAGCAGGCCCUCUCCUUUUUCCCUCAGGCACGCCGUAACAAAUUUCCCAAUCUGUGACUCUCUGUUCCUACGCUCUCUGACUAUCAAAAAAAAUCAAAAAAAAAAAAAAGAGAAUUACCAUUUUCACGUUCUCUCCGGCUGGUCUUUUUGCAGGAAGGAACGGGGUUCUGCGUCGUCUCUAAGAUCCGAUCUCGAAAUCAAUACGCAUCGGAUUUUUCUGUUCCCCCAUUCAUGCGCUGACCAAAAGAAAUUACGUAACAAUGGGAUUAGUUUUCACUCGGUUGUUCUCUUCGCUGUUUGGAAACAAAGAAGCUCGGAUCCUUGUCCUCGGCCUCGACAAUGCUGGAAAAACUACCAUUCUCUAUCGACUUCAGAUGGGGGAAGUUGUCUCCACCAUUCCAACAAUUGGAUUUAAUGUUGAAACUGUGCAAUACAACAAUAUCAAAUUCCAAGUCUGGGAUCUUGGUGGACAAACAAGUAUCAGGCCAUAUUGGAGAUGCUAUUUUCCAAACACUCAAGCUAUAAUCUAUGUUGUUGAUUCCAGUGACACAGAUAGGCUUGUAAUUGCUAAGGAGGAGUUUCAUGCAAUCUUGGAGGAGGAAGAGUUGAAGGGUGCAGUUGUUCUCAUUUUUGCAAACAAGCAGGAUCUUCCUGGUGCACUUGAUGAUGCUGCAAUAACUGAGGCUUUGGAGUUGCACAAGAUCAAAAGCCGCCAAUGGGCUAUUUUUAAAACUUCUGCCCUUAAAGGAGAGGGUCUCUUUGAGGGUUUGGACUGGUUGAGCAAUACACUCAAAUCUGGAGGUGGCUAACUCUGGUUAGGGAGGAGAAUCUGAAGCCUGGUGCUGUGUGGGCCAAACCAAAACUUACAAGGGGCUGACAGUGUUUCCUUUAAUAUGACUUCCUCAGAGAAAAAUUUCAGUCAUGAGUGUGGUUUAUGUCAAUUGACGUCCUUUUGUCUUUUAUAUAUUUUUUCUUCAUUAUUCCAUAUUGGAGUAAACCUAUCAGUAUACAUGUAAAAUCAAUUUGUCAGGUUGGCUCUAUGUUUGCCAUAAAAUUCAUCCAUUCCAGUUUUCCUUUCGCGUGAAUUAUGCUUUUUUUAUUAGAAAGGGGCCGUAAUCUCUGACCUUGGUAGACGGAAGGUGGCCUUGUAUGUAUUAUGCCUUAUUUCUUUCACUCAAAAUGGUGAAUUUCGGUUCUAGAUUUACCA